CCCCUUGUAUCAAAUAAGCUCUCAGUAAUUUCAGCUUCUAACAUGAAAACUUACACGCCAUUAAACACAUCGUUUUAAUCCCUGCAAUUCAAUUGCUUUUUGUUCCUUCUUUCAGAUCACCAACCCUCUAAUCCAGAGUCCUGGUAACUGGUAACGAUGCUCGUCCCGGAUUAGGGCGCAUCGAAAUGGAAACCAUUGAAAGUCUGUUGCUGCAGUCAACCUCCCCCAAUAGCAGUUCAUCCUCCCUUGCCGUCACCUUCAACCCCGUCACCAAUUUCGAUGACCUUAUCAAGGAUCAUCACCCCCACGUGCUAGCCCCGCUUCAGCCCACCAAAUACGACACAACUCCCGAUGGGAACAGCAGCAACCCCCAAAACCCAACCAAAGCUGCCAUCGAUUUCAUUCCGCCACUGCCAGCCAGCAGUAUCGGUGGUGCUAGCAAGCAGCCACCUGUUAUCGUUGGGGUUGCAGUGAAGCGAACUCUUCGGACAUCCGAAGAGCAGCAGCCGCCACCUUCCUCGCAAGAUGCAUGGCCCGGCGGAAGCAUGGGAGAGACCCUGGAGCGGUGGCACAGUGACAUCUUUGAUUGUCAUCCUUCUCCCUCGGCAGCGAAGGUGACGACGGCGGAUGGUGAUUGUAACAACAACGGCAGCCGCCAUGGGAAUCAGACCCAGAUUGGGGCGAUGAUGGAGCACGACGACAACGAUGUGGGCGAUUUGAUCGAUUUCAGUGCGGAGAUUGAGCCGGCUCCGGCUGUGGCCCUCGUGGGUGCUUCUUCUCAGGUGCCGACUUUGAAGCCGAAAGUGAAAAAAGUAACGUUCCUGUUGGAUGAUUUACUACUGGGGAGCGGCGGGCUGGACGACGAUGGGCAGCCUGAUGCACCCGAGGAAGCCGAGCGAAGUGAGGGGGAUGAAUUCGAGGAAGAUGAAAGCGAACGAUGUGUAACAAAAGAAGCAGCACAAGUCGUCGGCGGUGAAUGGGAUGUAAGUGAUCCGUUUCGAGUCCGCGAGGCAGGGUGGCGGCUGCCAGUAGUGCCAGGUGCGACGAAAGUGGGUGGUAAUGAAAUAUCAACAGAGACUAUGCAAACAGAUGACAUUGUUUCGCUCGUCGCUGAUCAGCAGCAGCACGUUGACAGUGUGCGAAAUGUGAUGACAAAAGGAAGCGCGAAGAGCCAAUGCGCAGGUCCGGAGCUGUUACAUGGUCAUGGUUCCGUCGACAACUGCCAGCAUCUUGUACGGCUAGAGGAACCGACUGGGUGGAUGAAUUCCGAUACACUGGCCUGGGGUGGGAGGAAAAUCGACGAAAUUCCAGAGGAAAGUGCAUGCGAGCAGAACGCAUGUGCAGAAACUGGCAACGCUGCUCCCGGUGGAGACUGGCGGCCGUCGUUGUCAGUUGGGGCACGUACGGGCAGUGAAUCGAUCGAUGCCAGCAGAAACGGGGGCGAGGGCAACAUUGUUGACGUUCAGGAUGUGCAGGAUGUUCUGCGGUGGCAGGGUGGCAGCACUGUCGUCGGGUCAGGUGUUCGGGUUGGCCGAAUCGCGUCCGAAGUGCCGUUCGCCGAGCCUCCGAGAAUCGAUGAAGCGGAUUGGAGCCAACGGAGCCAGCAGCCAGUCGUCAAACAAGUAGAAAAUGUUGUAACGUCAGUACCUACUGGUAUUGAACAGCUGGAAUUUGGAUCCGAAAAUCUGCCAAAUCCAAGCCAAGCGUGUGAAAAAUCGAUCCAAGUUCCAUCGCCAUUGCACCGUGCGUCGGUUGGUGCGGAAAAAAGUGGCCAUCGUGGGGUAAAAGAGGUCCACUUCAGUGAACGGGAAAAUUUCUAUCAAAAGGGCUCGGACAGUGAGAGUGAAAAUUAUUAUGGAACCUGUUCUCCGCCUCCGCCUCCAUUGGUGCCACCCACUGGGGUUCCUUCGUCGUACGGCCUAAAUGUGGAAGUUACCCUCAAUGCUCACAUCAACGUCCGUGGAUUAAGUGAAUUUAACUUUUUCUCGAAUUCGAGUGAUAGGCCUGGCGAAGAGUCCUCAUCUUCGGCGGAGGAAAAAACCCUUAAGGAUAGUGCUACCAAUACCAUCAGCAACAGUGGAAGGAAUAACAAUAGUAACGUUACCCCAUCCAGUGCUGACAGUGGAAUUAUUAUUAUCGACGAUGACGUAGAUGAGUGUGGCUGUGAAAGUGCUUCGACGGAAACCCCAAUCUGUGAACCUCUGCUAGUGAUAGCGGAGGAUAAGCCCGAGAAGAAAUCCGUCGCACAGUGUCGAGAUCAGGAUACGCAGACUUUCAUUGGAAAUUUUCUGUCUCCGAAGAAGACCACCAGUGAAAUCAGUGUGCAAGUGUGUGAAAAUGGCGAUUCUGACCUACGGAAUAUCGAUAGCCUAGAUUCUAGUGUGAGUGAAUCGGAAAUAGACGAGCGGAAGGAUUUACGUUUCCUAACUAAAAAUACCGAUCAAUAUCUUCGACCUCCGCUCAGUUUCCUCAGUGAAAAGCACGAGUGUUUUCAGGCCAGCACUCGGUUGAAGCGUCUGGAAGAACGUUUCAGAGGAUUUGCCUAUACGAAAAAGCUAUUACGUGAAUCAUUUAACUCGUCGACUGGGGGGCCACCGCAGAAUCUAUCGUCAUCCUUAAGCUCCCUGUCGACUUUGCUGGCAGAUUGUACCAACACAAACGCAGCAUCCGUGUCAUCAUCAGUGCCAGCAUCAUCGACCCCAUCGUUGACAGCAGCUGCCCGAGCAGAGCAAGAGCAAGAAGAACAAGAUUCACAUGCAGGCAGAAGUUUUGUGCCAUCACGAAAAACAUCAUCCUUAAGCUCACUACAAAAAGAUGCUUUCCCAUCGCGAACCCAAUUAGGCCAUACCCUCACUCCAAAACGCAACGUUCCUGUUCUUCCACCACUCUCCUCCUCACUACUUUCCCUCUCAGCAUCAUCCCUACUUUCUCUUUCCUGCAUCGAUCUCGAACGAAAACAACAACAGCAACCCUUGCAGGAUCCUCCAUCCUCACAACUCAGCCCUGAACAGCCCAACCCCAAGACCCCUGAACAAUCGCUGUCCAAAGCGUCUUCUCUGCCAUCUCUACUUCCCCAAUACAUCUUCCCUUCGCCACCCUCCAGACCACCACCUCGACCACCACAGCUACCCGAGGAACCCCCUCAACCUCCUCCCAAACCCCUUCAUCUAGACAUCCGCCCAUCCAUCCCAACCCCGGAAUCGAGUAUCGAGUCCGAAGAAAUCUGUACCAUCUUCCCCGGUGGGAAACCUCGCAUCGAAGACCCCCUCGAAGUGGUAGAAACCGUGUUCAAAGAUUCCGAAGAAGAAGACUACGAAAUAAUCCCACCCCUCCCGCGAAGUGAAAGUGAAGAAACGCAAGAAUUCCUCAACCUUGAAAAGCUCCUAGCGGCCGAUCCGCACACCAACUGCGAGUUUGACACGCGCCAUCUGAACCAGUACGAACCGACGGUCUACCAGAUCCGCUAUUGCUACGAUGAGCUCGAGGAAGAGCUAGAAGCCGAAUCGGGCAGUGUCGGGGGUUUGCUGAUCGGACCCGAGCAGGACCGGUCCCAGCUCAGUGUGAGUGUCAGUGACGAAGACGGGUGCGAGUGUGUGAUCGAGGCGGUGCCCAUCUAUCGUACGCUGCCGAUCGAUAUGCGCGAAACGGCCGGCACCCUGCGGGGGCUGCUCAAGAAGCCGAACCGGCCGCCGCCGGUCCGCAAGAACCGGGUCGUGUUCGACGAGACGCGCAAUGAGUUCUUCGAGGCGGACUACAUCAUCCUGAUCCGGGAGGACUGCCCGUACGACGAGGAGGACGAGGAACCGUGCACCUGCGGGGAACACGAGCUCGUUAGAAUAUGUUGUGACGAAGGCUGCAACUGCGGGUACACGGACGACGGACGGACGCCACCGAGUCCCAAGUUUGCUCCACCCAUCGAGUUUGUCGAUCAGGCCACGCUGAGCCCUCCCGAGGGCUACAAGGACGGCAGUGGGCUGUUGGACAAUGCGCUCGGCGGCGCCCUCGGUGGGCACGUCUUCGGUGCACAACACAUUCAGCAGCUCCAAGUUAUCCAGCGGCUUCAGCAGCAACGGGCGGCCAUGUUGGCCGCUCGGGCUGCUGCCGGUCAGCAGGGACAACAAACGGGCGGCGGCACUCAGACCACCUCCCAAACUGGCACCGCCACUGGUACUGGUGGUGCCGGCGCCGGGGGAGGAAGUGUGGGUGGUGCUGGCGGUGGUGGUGGCGGUAGUGGUGGGGCAGGACAAACAGCACAACAGCAGCAGCAACAACAACAGCAACAGACCGUUUGUACCGAAUGUGCCGAGUGUGCGGAAUGUGCCGCCAAGCAGUUGCAUGACGAAGAAUGCGACUCGCAAUGUUCGGACGAUAUUUCGCCGAUGAUGGAAGCGCCGCUGCCCCCUCACGCAACCCUCCCGAUAGCCCUGGUUCCCCUGCAGAAGUCCUCGCCGGAGCGAAGGAUCACCCAGAAGGAAAUUAUCGCCGGCGAGGAACGGCCGAAGUUUCUCACCAUCAAGCAGGUGCAGGAUGCCUCGCAGGUGACGUCGGGCAACGAGACGGGAUCCACGGCGGUGCCGCCUUCAUCCGCCACCGGUGCCAACGCCAACGACCUCCGAGCCUUGCAACAGAAGCAACUAGCUCAACAGCAGAAGCCCGGAGAUGCUUCUGCGGCACAACAGCAACAACAGCAGCAGCAGCAGUCAACCGCUAUCAAUAGUCAUUAUGAAAUAGGAAAACACAAACCAUUAAGCACGGCUCAGGCGAUAAGUGGCAUCCUGAAGGGUGGCAAACUGUGGAAGAACGAACACCAACAGCAGACGCAACACCAGCUGCAACAGCAGCAACAACACCAACAACAACAAUCCAAGUCGCAGCAGCCAUCCGCACAGCAGCCUCAACAGCAACUGCUGCAGCAGCAGCAACAACAGCAACAGCACAAUCAACAAUCGAACCAGAACGAUGACUCAACGAACGUCACCUCGGACGAGGAAACCAGUUCGAAGCGGUCGGUCCGGUUCAACGAGGAAUCCACCAUCCGGGAGGCGUGCUGCGACGGCGAAGUUCAAUCCGGCCUAGGCGAAGGCGAAAUGGGCUCCGGAAAGCCCAUCAACUACAUGUCCGAUACGCUCAAACGGCACUCGUCCGGUCUGUUCCACAACGCGCUGCGGCCCAACUCGGCCGUCCGGCAGUUGUUCCCCAGUACGGUGGUGCAUAUGUCCUCGACGGUGCCCCAGGCAGCCAUGGUGACCGCAACCACCACGAUGGCGACGGGUGCGAUGAUGGCCACGGUCAAUACGACCAACGCCACCCUGGCCACGGCCGGCAAUCCGACGGCACUGACCCAGGAAGCCCUGAAGGCAUUCGACGACUCCAAGAAGGCCACUUUGGUCCAUCAGCACAGUAUCACCAGCAAUAGUAGCGGCCAGAAUAUCAACCCCAGCGGUUCGGUGGCGAAUUCGGCGGCGGGAGGAAGCCCUGGCGGUGGAAGUGGGGCCGGUGAAACCGAUACCAUUAGGAGGACGAUUGAAAGGAACGCUCUGCGCCGGUCGCUCAUAAAAUAUGAACCAAAGAAAAAGAUUCCCGUCAAGGACGUCACCUCGCUGGAGGAGCGCAUCCGGCAACUGACGUGCGACAUUGAUGAGCCUAUAGACGAAGGUGCCGACGGUGAACACGGCCACGACGGCGAUCUCAACGAAAUGGAACGACGAGACAGUCCAGCCGGAGAGGAGAACCCCCAACAACCGAAAUACAUUCCGGACAAGAGCUUCUCACCGAGUUCAUCGGCUUCCAGUUCCUCCAGCGGUUCCAACGGGUCAACGUACAAAAAGAUAACCGAUCUCUUCCACCGGGAUCGACGGCACGAGAAAAUCCCGGAAGCAGACGAGAACCCGAUUGUGAUUAUCCCGCAGGUUUGUCCAUCGGAAUCGGACUGUCGCUGUCCGGCUGGCCCAGACAUAGGAAUGGGAGUCCAAAUUCAGGGUGUUCACACGCAAAUCCAUCAGCCUCCUCAACAACGCCAGGCUGACUCGCGAAGGCAAUUCCUGUCCACGCUGGCUCCCCUGACGGCAUGCGUUGCUGGCCAACGCGAUGAUCUGUCCUACUACACGCUAGCCCAACCCGGCGAUAGGAAUUCGAUGGGAAGUUCACAGUGCACCGAGUACAGCCUGGGGGAUAUUGAUGCUGCUCUGCAUGACGACGACGGCAAGAAGGUGGCACCGGAUGUAAUUGCCGGAACGCCUGGUCAGGAAUCGGACGAAUUGGCAGCAUUUGUUCAGCAGGAAGGCGCUCGAACAGAACGACUGAAGAAACGGUACAGUGCGGAAACGUCAACUUCGGCGCCGGCCUCCGGUGCAGGGUCGGACGAUGACGAGCACAACGACUACGGAUUUAAUUCGCGACCGACUGUGCGAGGCAUUAAACCGAGAUUCGGGUCGACGAAUGAAAUUCUUCAGCAGAUGCAAGCUCAACUGGCGACACCGACGCCGCCUCAGUCAAAGUCUCAAACCAGUGCCGCACCAACGCAGCCCGUUCAAUCGAACACGCUUCCACGGCCUCACACGGCAAACAGUUUGCAACUGGCGGCGGCCAAACAGCAGAUCACUACCCAUCAGCAUACCGCCUCAUGGAGUUACUAUCCCGUUGAAAGUGCCCAGACCAAGGCUGUGGCGGCAGUAGCUGCCGCAGCAACUGCCACUGGAACCAACAUGGUAACGGCCGUAGAUCCACAUGGCAACUACUACCACAUUCCAGCCCAAGCUCGUCACAGCUACCAUGGACAGGAGGCCAUCUAUCAAAACUGUGCUCAACUGCCCGCGGGCAAUAUACAGGCAAACACAGUUCACGUUCAGUCGCAGCAAAUUCACACGCAACAUCACGCUGUACAUACGGCUCAUCACAUACACCACGCCAAUCAAGCGGCCUACGGAAAGUUUGCGAGGAGUCCGACGCGCAGACCGGAGUCUCCACCGCCACUGCGAAACUACCACCAAACGAUGGUUCUAAUACCGUACAACGCUGAAACGUACGAACGCUACACUGCACAGGAGCAGGAGAACUAUCGCCGGCAGCACAAUAUUGUUGAGUAUCAACAGGUUACCCAGCAAACCAUUCGGGUUCCAGUAGGCUACCCACUGCCUGGCAUGCAGCUGCACGUAGUCGCCGGCCGAGGAGCUUUGCCACCCCACUACUCCACCCUGCCGCGGUUGGGAUCGAGCUCUAACACGUCCACGGUCGCCACCGCCACCUCCGGCGGCCCCAUUCCCAACCCCGCCCAAGGUAAACCACCGGCCUAUACGCAGUACCCCGUAGACAAGGGAGGCGUCAAGUUCACCGAGCGAGGAGCCCCGGAAGGAGCGGCCAGCGUCCAACCCAACGACGUCAACAGUUUACUGUCGCCCACUUCGCAAGGCCACGGUCCACCGACGGCAGCCUCCGUUGGGCCUCCGGCUUCCGCUGCCAGCGCUGUCGCUACUGCCCAGCAGCAACAGCAGCAGAGUACGGCAGCCGGUCCGGGGCAGGGGGCCGUAUUCUACGCGAUGAACGUUUGACACGGCGAUUAGAUAAAUGUCACGAUACGAAUUGAGCCGAAGGGUGGUGCUGGUGGUGGGGUGGAGGACGAUGAAGAUACGGUGAGUGUGAACAGCAACCAGAGCUGGCGAGCUGCUGCUGCUGCAGUAGCGUUAAGUGGCCUGGAGUAGUGACGAAACGAGGGCGAGAACAACGAUUCAUGUAUUUUUGAGGGAGGUGGCUUAGUGAUGAUAAAGUGGUAGAAAGCGAAAGCUGAGUGUGCGUGAUUGAGGUUAGGAAAUGCUCGAAAAUUCUAUCGCACGUGUAAUAUUUGUGUAUUCAGUAGAGUUAGGAUAAGAUUGGCUAGAUGACCGAAGAUAAUUUACCAAAAACGGUUAAGAAUUUGGAGUUGGUUGUAUAUAUACCGUUAGAUACAGAGUGCAGAGGGCCGACUUACAAGUAUUGAUCAAGCGUUUCAAUAUUAAACUAUCUCGGUUUGACUGAUGCAAUCAUCAUUCCGCUAAGAAGAAAAGCUCAACUACGAUUGAAUCAAAUGGAGCGAAUUUAAUUGUUAACAAAACGUAAACAAAAAUGUUUAUUGAGGAACUGUUCUGAUAUUCUGUAGAAAAAGGCCUAUUCCGCAACAGGAAUGUAAAAGUUUUAUGUUUGUUCUAGAACUCUGGAAUCUAAAUAUGUUUUCUUAAAUGGUGCUAUUCGGGCUUAUAAUUUUAAAAGUUCUACAAAGAGCAGUUACGAGUAAAACCAUUGACUGAUACAGGAUUAAGUUACAAUAAUUUCCAUGAACAUUAACUUCACAGCGUACAAAUAGAAAGUCUCAAAAUUUUAACGGCAUGAAUAAGCUAUCAGGGGCCCCUGAAAAUCUGGUCUGUAAACGAAGGGGCAGAAAAACCUUUUACCAAAAUUCGUUUCUUGACGGAAUAGAAUUUCUCUAAAGACUUUUUUUAGAAAUAUUUGGAAUAGUUCGAGGAGCAAUCAUAGAUGAUUCCCUGGAUGAAUUUUUGAGGAAUUCCUAGGAAAACCUACGGAAAAUACUUAAGGAAAUGCAUGAAGUAAUCUCUCGGCUUAUCCCCGACGAAUUUCUAAAGAAAUUCAUUGAAAAACCCCGAAGAAAUAUGUUUGAAAAUAUUUGCAGGAAUUCCUUAAGGAAUCUUUGGGAGGAAUUAUUGUAGAAAUUUGAGAAUUCCAAGGAAAUUCCUACGGCAAUGUCUAGAGAAAUUCUCAGUGGUAAUCUGUGAAAAAAAAACUCAUGUGUGUACAUCCGGAGGAUUUCUGUCAAACCCCCUAAUAAAAGUCCUGGAUAAAUCCCUAUGUUAGAAUAUUUACACCUCCAGAAACACAUUCGACAGCAGCUUUCACUUCUUAUAUUGCAAUAUAUUAUGUAUGUAUAUGAUAUUCGUAUAGAAUUUCGUCGAUUACGAUAAGGAACAUUAGCGGUGAUAUUAAGUAUACAUCCUUGCCUCACUUCAGCAACGACCCGGAUGGGUUCGGACAAGACACCGUUGUGCAAUACUCUGCACGAAAAAGCCCUGUACUGUGCUUCAAUGAGGCCGAUGAUUUUCUCAGGGACACUCUUGCGUCUGAGGGCUUCCCACAUGUUUUCGUAAUUGAGACGGUCGAAAGCUUUUUCGUUAUCAAUGAACACCAGGUAAAGAGACUCUUGGAAUUUAUUGACUUGCCCCAAGAUGAUACGGAGCAUAAGAAUAUGGUCCACAUAUGAUCGUCCGGUACGGAAUCCUGCUUGCUGCCGUCGGAAAGUUGCGUCAAUCUUCUCCUGGAUCCGGUUGAGGAACACUUUGCAGAGAACUUUGAAAACGCUGCACAGCAACAUAAUACCUCACGAACUAUUGCAAACAGUCAAGUCAUCCUUUUUGGGCACUUUUACUAGGAUGCCUUGCAUCCAGUUGACCGAAAAUGUCGCGGUUUCCUAUAUAUUGUAGAAUAGUUGAUGCAGCAGUUGUGCAGAUACUACGGGGUCACCUUUAAGCAUCUCGGCUGAUAUGCGAUCGUCCCCUGGGGCCCUGUUCGAUUUCAUGCUACGGAUGGCGGUUUCUAUUUCCUGAAAUGCUUGAGCUUCGGCGUUGAAACGGGUAAUGCGUCGAACCCUUGGCGGAUCAUGCUGAGGUGUUGAUAGCGUGGCCCACAUUUGAAAACGUUUCAAAAGUGCACCAACCAGCGUUUCAGAUAGGCAGCCGGGUCGGUCAAUAGCUGUUCAGAUGUGUCUUUUAGGGGUAUUGUAGCAAGUCCUACCAAGGCGAUGACGUGAUACAUCGUAGAGAAGUCGGGUGGCGCCGGUGUUUGCGGCUUUCUCACCUUCAUCGUCUAGGGAGUUCGCCCACGCUCUUUUGUACCGCCUACAUGAACGCUUCACUUCCUUCUCGAGAGCCGAAUAGUGCUGACGGGCUACGGCUUUGGCUCCUCGUGUUUUCGCUCGCUCUAUUGCGGCUUUGACAUUCCUUCGCUCCUCUAUCUUCCUCCAGGUGUAAUCUGUGAUGCACUGCUUUCUCUGGGUGCGUAGCUCUCUCAAAUUAUUCUCGCCGGUAGCGAUCAAGACGUUCUUGAUGGCGCUCCAUUGAUCGUCGACGCUCCCACCUUCCGGAAUAUCCUCCGCGUGGUUCUCUAGCUCCUCAACGAAGGACCUUUUCACCGCAGCGUUUUCCAGUCGGCGUGUGUUGAACCGGCGCCCGGUUUUCUCCUCCUGUCGAUGGAUCCUCGCAAUGCGCAGCAGGAUCUCGCCGAGUAGGAGACGAUGGUCGGACGCAAGGUCGGACGCAAUGUCUAUGUUUGUUCCGCACAUCAAGGAGGCUCCGUCUUCAUUUUCGGUUGACGAGAUGUGGUUGGUUUGAUUUUCCAUGACGUCAUCACGGGAAACCCAUGUCACUUUAUGCACUGGUCGAUGAGGAAAGAGCGAUCCCCCAAUCACCAUGUCAUUGUUGCCACAAAACUGUGCAAACAGCUCUACGUUUUCGCUCAUUUCUCCUAGACCAAGGCGUCCCAUGACGUGCUAAUAGUACGAGUUGUCGGAACCAACCUUCGAGUUGAAGUCGCCCAUGACGACCUUGAUAUCACCUUUCAGAAUCUUGUCCAGGACAGCAUUCAUUUGACUGUAAAAGUUCUCUAAACAGGCGAUGAUCAAUCAAUGCUUCGACAUGCGUAUCAGCAGCCAAGUAUCUAUACGCCCAAACUAGAUCACUUUUGCGUGAAGGCUUUUACGGUAUCGUAAACAACUAUGCGUAAAAGAGACACAGUGUAAUUUCCAGGUUGGUACGCAUGUUAGUUCCCAUAAAGAGGCGAAGUGAACAUCGCGGAUGUGAUCAUUGACAAUGCAUUUUUAGCAUUUCAGAAGAUAAGAGGACUAACCUUAACGUCUAGAGCCUCAUCAAUUUCUCCGUUUCAUCUUUUACAAAAGGCCAAAAACUCUGCCUUCAGCCUGAUCACCGAGAGACAUAGACGAGUACAUAGUUGUUGCGUGACUCAAAGACCAGAACAGCUUUCUUCAGCAUCUCGGCGUAACCUUGCCGCAAUGAUCGUUUUUGAUGUUGGUUUGCAGUAUGUACCUCGGGUAGAAACUCUUGAACGGCAUUUUAAAUGCACCGUCCUUUCUUGUCCUUUUCGCAGACCGAAUGCAGUUGCCGGCAGUCCAGUAUCUGGACAAGAGGUAGAGAAGCCUUACAUGAUCGCGUCGCAGGUCAAAGAUUCAUUGGUGAUCUUCCCCGAGAUCUCGACCUGGUGGAUUGGAAGGUAGACGUGAUAGUCCAGCGUAAGCAGCUCAUAGAUCUUAAUCUCGUUAGCCUGUUUUCGGUCACGUACUGUGACUCAAACCGUAGCUGUGUAUCGACCAUGUCAAUGUCAGUAGAGAUAACGGAAGAAAACCGCUUAGUCAUAUUGUUGCCCAUCUGAGCGGUGAUUCAACGAUUGCCUUUGGGUAGGAAGAAAACAACAAACCGGCCUGCCAAAGUCGUGAGGGUAAGUCUUGAAGCGGGGGACCGUUAAAAGAAGUGAAUAAUUAUUACUGGCUUCCAUUGUAAGAACAUCAGAUUGACGGGUGACUAAGGCGUUCGUAUUGUUAGCAUUUUGUUGGUCCUGUGCACCCCAUGCCAACAGCGGUCCGGCUAACCCUACCUAUCACUUUUCACUGAUGGCUAGGUGGCUACUUCUUUGUAGCACCGCCAUCCUGAAUGCCGUUUGCGAGGGAACUCUGUGCAUCCCAUGCCAACAGCAAGGCCCAAAAGUCCAUUUGCAGACCAAGUCAGCGUGCGGCAUUGACCCAGUCGACUUCGUUAUCCAGUACUAUAAUUUUGGACUGGAGUUUUGAAGGCCAUUACCUGUGUUUCGUUGCGUUUACCUUGAGUUCUCACGAGUGGAUGUAGGAUGACGCUAACAUAUGCGUUUGCGGAUUACUCCUCCGACGUAGAUUAUCGCCGAGUCAUCGGCAAAGAGCGGCAGGGUACUUCAGUAAUGCUGGAGUUUCGAGCGUAUUCAUAGUAUCUAGUAUCGGGCCAAGCAUUCUGCCUUGCGGUACUCUGGCAAUGAUUGUACGCUGACCUGUGAUGUAUGUUACGCAGUUCUGUUGCUUGGUUCAAAUCAUUAUACCAAAUGUUGUUGAACACCUUCUGGAUGUCAAGUAACGUCUUGACAGUGGUUUUGAAGAUCACUUUGGAUCAUUUUACCAGCUUAGUCACGUUCUGUGUAGCUAAUGAAGCGUAGAGUGACCCAGUCUGAAGUCCAACUGAACAUCGAGAAGAAUGUUGUUCUCUUCGGAGUAUGAUUAAGUACCUAGACCCCUAGAGUUGGCGCCUCUUUAUAUAUCUUCCAGGUGGUUGAAGAAUGCCAAAUUGCCAAGCAACGGUUGAAAACGUUGACCAAGAGGAAAGGAGCUUUUGGAUCAAAUGUUUGUUCAAGACGAUGUUGAACAUAAGUAUCAUCAUAUCCUGGGGCCUUCAUAUUUCACUGUUCAGUUUGGCCGAUGUUACGCACCGACGUUUUGAAAAGUCUAUAGGAGAGAGAUGGUUGACGCUUCCUGUCACCGACGCUUCCAACGAUCUGACAAUGUCUCUAUCCAAGUUAUACGGAGCUGAAUAUUGCUUGAAUUGCUUACAUGUUACUACUAUUGUUAGCAUGAUCCAUGAUUUCGCCUCUUCGAUGGUGUCAAUUAGGUACCAUUUGGCUACAUUGUAUAUCAGGGUGCAGAACAGCAUACUGCCCGGCUUGGAGAUCGUUAGCUAUCGCUUCGACAUUCUGAUUAUCUCUGGAUGAAGUGUCGAGUAUUCAGGACUUCAGCUUCUGAAGUUCGUUCUUCAGAUGGGCCGCUGUUUCAUUCAACUGCUUGCGCUGCCUCGGGCAAUAUGCUGUGAUUAUUUAGACGGGUACUUCAUUUGAAAAUGUCUCGAUGAAUGUCAAUUUGUGGUCUGGUUAAGCACAGAACUCCUACUGUUUUCGUAUGGCCAUUGUUAUGCCAUUUUGGUUAAUCUUCGUUACGGCCCAGUUCGAGCCAUGUUGAUUCCACCUGAAUCCUGAGGGGCCGGAUCCUAUGGUUACUUCUGUAGCUUGAAACACUGUGUGUCCGUCAAUACGUGCUCGAUGGCAUGGGUGAAACACUGGAACUGGCAGCCUCCUUGAGUUCGCAAUCCGCGAUCCCAUGUCCAGGGAGCAAUAGUUACAGUAUGGAUUCCUAUGGUAGUUGCGUGUACCGUGACUCUAGUAGAGGAACCUCAGACACUUUGUAGUGCUUCUGUUUAACAAAACGGAUCGAUUUCAGGGCACCAAGGGUAGUGCUGCCUUUUGCAAAAUGUAUCAGGUACAAGAUGUCAUUGUUUUUCACCGUACGGUUCCGUCAGUUGACGGGGAAGACCUCCAACGCAGCGGUUGCUGGUCGUAGCAAUUCUUGAGUCCGACAAGGAUGACGCCUGAGUCUAUUUACGAAGACCCUGACUGGUUUCUCCGACGUCACUUCAUGGGUGUAGUACUUGGGGUCGGCCAUGAUCUGGUACGCCUUCGACUUUGUUGUAAUCCUUGUCGGAUGCGAUUAUGGGCCCAUGCCAGGGAGACAUGGCGUCUACUAUAGAGAUGCUGUUUCACAACCAUGGUGCUCAACAGUAACGUAUCCGUUCCCAGAAGCCUUCCGCGGGUUAGUCGUUGUUUUUUCUACUGUCUAGCCUGCGUUAUGAAAUGAACAGAUAGCGCCACCGUAGCCUUGUGCGUUUGACGUAACUCGAGUGCUGUCACUGUGUUAUAAUCCACAUAAGGUGGCGCUCUUGUUUUGAUGCUGUGAGUAGCGGAAAAGUUGGCUUCAGUGAUUGAUUCAGUCUCUUUGCUGUCACUUUUGCACAAACUAUUGCUUAUCCAGAAAAAUCAUCCAAUCUGGCUGAGUGAAGAAGAGCUGCUCCGCAAACGUCAAAGUGCUGCACACUUCAAAAAGUAUGCAACAUAACCUUGGCGUUCAGCUACAUAUAAAAGUGCUGAAGCUUCGCCUAAUAUAACUUAAAAAUAAGAUACAUAUUAUGGCUGCAAUUGUGAUUACAUAAACCAAUAAUGCAACAAUUUCCAUUAGGUAUUUUUGAAUUUUAUAGCAACCAAGUGAGUGAGUGCUUUUUAGCGUGUACCAAGCGCUUUUGACGUUUGCGGAAUGGCUGCGGCGGUUGAAACCACCGCAACCCCGUUGGAUUUUUCUAUUUUUCCGCAAUACCUCGAUUUCGAUGUGACCGUCGGCUGUCAUCGUUGCAUACACUCAGGCAAAUAAACCUAAGAUCAUAAGGUCUAACUUAUGAAAUAGCCUUUAAACAAUUCAUAACGACUAGAUUGAAUUUCAUAAGGUCGGUUUAUGACGCAGAAUCGACUCACUGUUUGGCUUUUAUACACAUUUAGCAAGACAAUAUUCUCAAGCGUCGAUAGCCACGUGGGUUGAGCACGAGCUCAGUAAUCUUGACGUUCAUGGAUCGAUUCCAGUCUGCACCAUUUUACGAUUUUUCUGCUCUUUUCAUAAGUUUAUCUUAUGUAAUUAGGUCAUAUAAUAAGCAUGUUCAAUUUUCGUAAGGUAUUCUUAUGGCAUCCAUACUUUACAGUUAUGGCUAAAUUUCAUAAGGUAUUUUGAUGAAUUUCGGUAGUUUACUUCGCUGAGUGUAAAACAAAGAGAGUACACGUGUCACUCUGUCACUUUUAACACAUUUGACUGUAAACACGGAUUGGAAGUGUGAAGGUAAAAAACGGACGAUGUUGGGACUGUUUGUGGCACGAACGUGUCAAACCGUCGUGUUCGAUAAAGGGAUAGCCACAUAAUGCCUAGUUCUAUUCGAGUUUGAAAUCUGUUGAGCUAAGAAAGUUCUGUCACUUUGAUAUUCUCGAGAUAUUUAAUUGUGAACUUCCCGCAUCCCGCGCUUAUUGCCAGCAUGGAACUGAUGUCAUUCAUCUACACUGAAAGCAAACUGAUAUUUCAAAUUAGGAAAUGUUUAUUCCAACAAAUGAUAUAAAAUGUAUACUUAUUUUUGUGUGAUUGUUUUCGGCUCAACCAAGGAUCAUUUGAAGACUGAAUUGCGCCAUAUAUCAUUAAAAAGUGUAUUGAAACUACAGUUAUUACUUCAUCUUUCCUUCUCACCACGUUUACAGCGUUUAUUUGUAAAAUAAUCCUGUUUCAAAAGAUCGGUUUUACUAUAUCUAAAUUCACAUAUAUCGAUGACUCAAUCAGUAAACUUCAAGCAAGAAAGACACCUAAAGCAGCCAGCAGAAUAAAAACAAUAAUUAAAUACACCAAAUAUAAAAUUGAGGCAAGUUUUAGAUAGUUUGACAGCAAAUAAGAGCAUUAAGCAACAAACCAAACAUCACGUAAGCCAAUAAGUAACAAACACUAACCACAACAAGUGAAUUGAAGAUCACCAUACGACGACAUUUACUGUAAAGAAGUGAACAAUAAUUGAGCAAAUAUGUAGAACUAACUGGUAAUCAUAGUCCUCUCCGUUAGUGAUCUCCCUCAUGGAAAGUUACGGGAAAACCUGUUGUACAUAUUGCACUCGAGUCAACCGAACUUCAUACAGACACAUACCGAAGAUAUUAUAAAGACAAAACUAACGAUUUAUCAUAAAUAUAGCCCACGUAGUGUAUAGGUCCAAAUGCAUAAAGAAAAAGUUGAAAGAAAACAAGUUUGAACAUUCACCCUCACACAACCACACAUCCAUGGAAGAAACAUAACCAGACACAGUAAAAAACAACUUGGAAAGCUCAAGGGCGCACCCGUUUUGAUGCAUCAAUUGUAACUAGCUAAAAGAACAACAAAAUUCGAUUGUAAGUCACACACACGUGUUUAAGGUUUGAUACAAAAGUUUGGCCUCAAAAAUAAAAUGUAAACUCACACAAAUUCUCUGAGCAUGAACAGUGUUGCAAUCACUUGCUCUCACAGACACCCAAAUACACAAUAUACUACUUAGUGCCAAAGGAAGAAUGGAUCAACAAACCGAGCUCAUCGCAAGCAUCAUCUCAGUGUUUUUAUUUUAACUUCUUAUUUUAGGAUACUGUGAAAAACCAAAAUUGUUAACCAAAGAUUGAUUUUGUUGGCAACACUGCCUCCGAUUGACUGUUUUAGUCGAUAGUUAUCAAAGAAUCACACAAGUCUUCUCAUUUUGUUUUACUUCUAUAAAGCUGUGUGUUAGGUUCCUAGUUUAGGUCGUUCGUUUGCGUUGCACCAUUCAUCAGAGCAAGAAAGGGAAUUAAAUAGCUCUUAAGGCAAUUUGUACAUCGCACAAUAGACACACGAAGAUGCAGACACAUACACACACGUACGUUUGUUGGAUUUUUGGAACAUACAUACACUUGCAAUGCGAGCUAGCCGUUAGGUUUAUUAUACAUACCCUCACUAACACAUAAACUAGAAACAACAGUGGCAACAAACAGCAAACACUGACUAUUGCUAGAACAAAAGCAGUGUGUAUUUAAAACUAGAAAAAAGUGAAAAGAAACAUUGCAUUUCAAAGCAACUGAAAGUAUAUUACUUAGGGGUAACAACACGGCAUUGCAAACAGCAAAGUGCACCCAAACUGAACAUAAGUUAGAUAACAACUAUUGAGAAACACAUACAUAAAAGAAAAAAAAAAACUCACGUACUUUAAAAGUAGCAACAGGUGAAAACAAGAGUGAAAGCAUUGCUAGAGAAUCUCAGAAAGUCAACAACUCAAAAGAAAACUUCAAAAUUUAUCUCUCUAACAAGCGAAUACCAAAGUAUUUAUCGGAAUCUCAACAUCAUUUAGGCGGAUUAGGAACUUUAAAGAACGAUAACAGAAGCUAGUGAAAAUUGCGUCAAAUUUGAUCGUUAUUUUGGUCCCGUUGACUACAAGUGGACACUUGUGAGUAGGUGUAAGGUUGAAUUUACGAUCUUUAUAAAAGACAUCCAAAAUGCAAGCAGAAAUGUGUAACUUGAACCUAAAAGAAAUCGAACUUUGCAAAGAUUGAUCUAUAACACAAAGAAAAGAAUGUUGUUUAUCUCACUUACUAAAAAGUAUAAUUGAUUAAAAACAGAAAUGCAAGCAAAAAAAAAUAAACAAGAAACAUAGCCAGAAAGAACACUGAAACCUACAAGUACAGUUUAGUGAUGGAUAGAAUAUUAAACUGAGGAAAAAAUUGAAAUAAAUUAUUGUUUUUAAUAAAAA